AUGUCCAAUGUAUCUGUGGUCACUAUUGGUAUCGGAAUGAAGUACACACACGCAAAGCGCCCUCAGUGGGUGCUGGAGUACAUGGAACAGGAAGGUCUUCGAGAUGACGAUGUUGUUGUGGUAUUUGAUGGUGGUGACACUGUUUUCACUGGGGCCAGUAGGGUUCAGCAGGCAGUGGAUUAUUUCAUGGCGAAAACGGCACCCACCGCCGCUAAAUUUGAUGCCACUGCUGUACAGAACGGAAAGGCAACAGCACCACUACUCUUUGCAGCGCAUCCGCUGUGUUCCACACCUCAGUUGGAACUUGUUGUCACAGAGGGACCGAGGGAUUCUAUAGAAAAAUGUCAGUGGUUUUACAAGAGCAUGUUUGAUGUUGCAGAGUCUAUUCCUGGUCAACGCAUAGUACAGACAAGAGGAACGUAUGUUUACCUCAAUGCAGGGGGUUAUGUGGGGCGUGUGUGGGCUCUGCGAACUGCUUUUGCUGCGUUUGUGAGCUUGGCA